UGUUUUACGGACAGAGUGUACGAGGUAUACGAACAUCAAACAACUCUAGUAGUUGUUUGGUGCUUAGAGAGUGUUGACAUCGUGGAAAGAAGUGUUACAGUGGUAAAAGAAAAAGAAAUUAGAAGAAAAAGCUGCGGUUAAGAUUGUUUUUUGGGAAGAAUAAUUCACAAGAACCAUGAUCUGCAAUCAGUUCAUCUGCUUGGUGCUACUCGCCUGCUGUUUCAUUUUAAUGCCAAUUGAUGCACAAGAGCGUCAACCGGGUCAAUGUUGUGAUGAAUACUGCUAUGAUACAGACACCGAAAAACCGCAGUCAAGUCGUUUCGCUACCAAAAGUGCCUAUCAGAUAAUCAAAGGGUCUGAUUCAAGGCGACAAUUUAUUGUACCCAACUGUAAUCCGGUUAAAUUUUGGUUUGUUAGUAGACAUGGAACACGUCUACCAACCACCAACACUAUUACCAAUUUGAGAGGAUUAUCCGAUCUACGCGAUGAAGUAAUCGAUAAUUAUGAAAAGAGGAAAACGAAACCUGACUUUGGGGCUCUAUGCGAUGAAGAUAUUGAGAUCUUAAAACAUUGGAAUUGGAAUCCAAAUAUUACUGGUGACUAUGCUCAAUUUUUAACCGCUCAGGGCUGGCAAGACCUUCUAUUUUUGGCUAAAAAUUAUCAAAACGUUUUCCCGAAUGUCUUGGAAAACAUUUACACACCGGAAAAGUUUCGUUUCCGACACACUCACACUCAACGCACCGAAGCCAGUUACAAAGCAUUCGUUGAAGGACUCUUCCGAGAAGGGGCUGCAGAGCAUAUUCAAGUACCUCCAAAGACUGAACCAGAUCUAUUAUUGCAGCCAUAUGGCGCAUGCAAAGCCCAUGAAAAUAACGUAGCGAGAGUGGAAGGCCCAGAUUCUGAGUAUUCUAAAUUCGAAAGCACCGACAUAUACAAACAAACCAUCUACGAAAUUUCGGCCAGGCUAGGAUUCAAAUUCUCGCUUCAACCGAAGCAAAUCAAAAAUAUCUGGGACAUGUGCAGAUUUGAUUUGGCUUGGAAUUUGGAAGGUACCAGUGCUUGGUGUAUUGCCUUUACCCCGAACAAUGUAAAAGUACUGGAAUACCACGAAGACUUGAAAUAUUACUACCAAAACAGCUAUGGCGCCGGAUUAAACACCAGGUUGGCAUGUUCACUCGUCGUUGAUAUGUUAACACAAUUGGAGAGUCAAUCCAAUCCUAAGGUUGUCGCGUACUUUACUCACAGUGCAGCUAUACAGCUGCUAUUAACAGCUUUAGGUGCACAUAAGGACAAUGACGGUCUACGAGCGGAUAAUUAUCAACAAAUGAUGCGACGAAAGUGGCGAUCCAGUGAAGUGAGUCCAUUCGCAUCAAAUCUUGCCGUGAUUAAAUAUGAAUGCCCGCACGAUAACGAACGCAACAAAAUAAUGUUCUUCUUGAACCAAAAACCGUUGGACUUUAACUGGUGUAAUGUCGGAUUAUGUGAUUGGUCAAAGGUGCAACAGAUGUACAAUUCGUUUAAGCAGCGGGAUUGUUUAACCACAUACUGUACAGAGGGUAGUGCAUCCGGCAUUGUACCGGCAUUAACGCUACUAUUGAUUGCCGUUGCUGGAUCCAUAGUUUGAUCGGUUGUUUGAUUGUAGUAAGUGAUAAAUACGCCUCAGGCUCAGGCCAUCAGUCAGUCAGUUUAAAUUCGUCCAGUAUUUCUUAGAGUGGCAUAAAUUUCAAUAAAACAUUUUUAGCCGAU